AUGUUAAAGCGAGCACCCCUGCUAGGAGGCAACGCGGCUUGUGCUCGUGGCCACUCGCCAGUCGAGCUUCGACUCCAGUUGUUCCACAACCCACCCUCCAGCAGCCCCGGCCGUGGUAACUGUACGGGUCCCAGAGAGUACGGAGUACCUACGUCCAGACCGGGAGCCACAGCAAAUAGAGUGGACAUUUUGGAAGUCUUUUCCCUCUCUCCUUUCAAUGUCAAAGACAUUGCUUGCGAGGACUGUCCAGGAGUCAACAGAGGAAAGGGCUCUCUCACUCGCUAUCCAAAUGUGCCAAGCUCAACUGUCGUAAACUCGCAAAGCAACUCUGGGGGGCGGCCACUCGUCCUCGCCCGCGUGAUGGUGGCCGUACGGUGGACGCUGCUGUCCUUGGCAGCUGCGUCGAACUGCCAUGGAUUCUUCCAUGGAGUAGAUGGAAGGGCCGGCCGGUUUCACAAAGCGGUUGCGAGAGCCAACGGGACCGAGCCUGGGACAGCACCCAGCGUCACAACGAGCCCAGAUGGGACAUCACAGCCAGCAACUUCAAUACCGGACACGCCAACAUUCAGGUCGGCACCGAGUUCACUGCCCCAAAGACUCUCCGGCUUGCGGAAUCCCGCGCCAUCGGUAACGCCCUCGACGACUGACGAGUAUCCGUACCCGCCGAUAUUUGCUUCUGGAGGGGCCACGAUCCGCACUGAUGUUGGAAGUCCCAAUCAGCCUCAGCCCUCGCUCUCGUCGGUGACACCCAGCUCCGGGUCCGCCAUCCUCGCUCCUCCCGCCGAUGGUGCAAACACACAGUUUACCAACUCUUCACAAUCCACUAUCUUUCAACCUACAGUCACAAGGAGACCGCCUCCUGUCAUAGCACCCGCCCCGAAGGCCUCCCCUCCCCAGCUACCCGGCCAGCCCAACGGCGGGUCCACCUCGGCUGGGACAGUGGUGAUCACUCGGACCAGCUCGUCAGCACCUUUCCCGCACGCCGUGACUUCCAUCACAACUCUAGACAUGUCCAGCAUAUCAGAGGCCUACAGCCGAACCAGGUAUAACACGACGAGGAACACCAACACCACGCUCGGCUACUCUUCGCAUUCCUUUGCGAACGAGACCUGGACAGGCGGUUGGCAGCCCGUCUCGGACCCGACAGCACCAGCCGUCAGCUACUGCCAGGCAUCUGACAGGAGCAAGGCUGCCGCAACCAGUUACUCGACGGUAUAUACAUCCACGGUCACCUGGACCGGAGACCCUAGCAAAUACACCGCCCCUUACCCGACAGAGGCACCUGCACCGACGACAUCAUGUAUCGAUGCCAAGGUUCCACAGCAGAUGACCAUGUCGCGCUGUACCUCCACCGGCACGGCCAGCGAGUACAAGUACUGCGAGACCACCGUCUCGACAUACAGCUACGCCCCCUCGACCUCGACCGUUGCGUAUUCCGCCGCGCCGUCUAUGAGCCAGCCGACGGUGGUCCUCAUCACCGCGAAAAAUCCGGCCGUGGUGUUCACCACGAUCAGCACGCCGGGGUACGGAGGAUUCGACACAAACAAGAAUGACCAUCAAACAGUUGGGCCCGGAGAUGGCCCGCAGAAUCGGCCACCAGCAUAUGGCGGCGGAGACGGAGGGAACGGAGGGAAUGGAGGGAACGGAGGAAAUGGCGGUAACAGAGGUGGUGGAGACAACGGUAAUUCAGGAGGAGGAUCCGGGUCCGGGCCAGGGUCCAGUGGCGGGUCCAGCAUUCCAGGCGCGAACUUCGAACCCGUGAAGCCGGCCACGCUAGCGAUCAAGCCCACGGCCGUAAUCAUCGAUGGCUAUACAUUUACGAAUGGCCCCAACGCCGGGGAACAGGUCGUCACGGUGGACGGCAACGUCUUCACCAUCAACCCCAGCGCGGUGAUCGGGCUGGGCACCACCAUCGAGCGGCCGGCGUCGGUCGGGGGCGUCUUCGCCCCUACCCCCGUCAGCACGGUCAUCGACGGCCUCAGCGUCGUCGUCAACAAGACCCUCGCCGUCAUCGACGGCACGACAAUGACGAUCCCGGCGACCGCGUCGACGACGGUCAUCCGCGGCCGGACCGUCACGCUCGGCCCCAGCGGCGUCAUGGUCGCCACCAAGACGAUCAACGUCACGACGUCGCCGCUGCAGACCUCGGUCUUCAUCGCGGGAGGGGAGCUCCUCACGGCCGUCGGCCAGUCGGUCGUCGUCGUCGAGGGCCAGACCCUGACCUACGGGCCCGGCAGGCCGCCCAAGGUCACGGCCGUCGACGACGACACCUUCACCAUCGGGCCCAUGGGCGUCACGCUGCACGGCACGGCCGUCGGCGGGCCCAGCGCGCGCAUGACGGGGACCGAGUACGAGAUCGUCGGCGGCGCCACCAUCACCGAGAUCGGCGUGUCCGUCGUCGUCAUCCGCGAGGUCACCUACACCGUCGGACCGGGCGCCCCGCUGACGACCACCGUCGUCGGGGGCGAGACCAUCACCAUCGGGCCCGAGGGCGUCGUCAUCUCGACGCUGACCCUGCCGUACCCCUUCGGCCCCACCAUGACCAUCACGCCCAUGGCCGGCGCCGCCGCGGGCGCGGGCCAGGCGCAGCAGACGGGCGACAAGAAGGACGCCGGCGCGUCGCUCCGCCCCGCCUGGGGCCUUUCUCUAUUUUUCACAUGCAUAGCCAUCGGCGUUCGGAUCUUGGGCCUUCUUUUCUAA